AUGUGCAUGAAAGCCAAACAUCCGAAUUAUAUUGGCGCUGUGGUCGGGGGGAUUUUCGCUACAUUGGUAGUAAUCGCUAUCCUAGUCGUCGCUGUCAUACUUAAUAAACGGAGAGUGCAUGUUACACAAUCAGCCAAUCAACCAUUGAAAGAACAACACUUAAAUACUGAACAAGAAGACUCAAAUACAGAGGAAAGAUGCGGGAAAAAUAACUCAGGCAAGAGAUCAUCGUUACAUGAUGAAUCUCUAAGAAAAACAAAUACAAUUAAAACAGAUGAUGUUGAGGGAUACUAUAAUAUUGGCAAAGUCGCCCAAAUGAGGACAACAGAAAAUAGCGUGUUCCUAUCACAGUUAAAAGAAUACGUGACUUCUUGUUUAGCAGACGAUGAGUUCUUCACCAGACAGUUUAGCAAAAUUCCACGUGGACUUCAGUACUCAACAACGGUUGCCAAAAAGAGAGGGAACAUGAGUAAAAAUAGAUACAAAGCAAUGUACGCUUAUGACCAUUCUCGUGUAGUAUUGGACACUUUGUCGCAUGAACAAGAUUCUGAUUACAUAAAUGCUAGUUUUAUACAGGGAUAUUUAACAGACAAUGCCUACAUUGCAUCACAUGGCCCAAUUGAUAAAACCUUGGAAGAUUUUUGGAGAAUGAUCUGGGAAAAGAAUGUUUCUACAAUUGUUAUGCUGACUAAGUUAGUGGAGGGAAGGACAAUAAAAUGCAUCCAAUAUUGGACAAAAGAGGGCACCAGUUCUCAAAUAGGAGACAUCAUCAUUUACACAGAAGCAGAAAAUGUUUUUUCUACCUUUACUGUUAGACGUCUGAGAAUUUCAAAUGUGAAUAAUCCUGGCAAAGAAAGGGUUAUCACUCAACACCACUAUACGGCAUGGCCAGACAAAAACGUACCAAGAACAACGACAAGCUUGCUGGAGUUCUGGCACAGAGUUAGACAAAAUGACGCAACAAAAUCACACCCAUGGCUAGUUCAUUGCAGUGCUGGAGUCGGACGUACUGGGACAUUUAUUGCAAUAGACAAGCUAUAUGAUCAGGCCAUCGAUCAAGGGUUUAUAGACAUAUUUCAAUGUGUGAAAGAUUUAAGAGAGCAAAGAGUUAAUAUGGUCCAGACAAAGAAUCAGUACAUGUUUUUACACAAAAUCAUGUUAGAGAUUUUGGUAUUGUGGUCACCUCCCGUAAAAUGUGAAGAGUUUAUUGAUGCGUAUGCUGAGCUUACUAAAGAAGAUGACGUGACGCACAAAACAAAACUGUUGUUGCAAUUUGAGGCUUUAAAAGAUUACACAUUAAUAGAAAGUCAGUCAGUAGAAGUAUAUGAAGAAAUUGAUGAUGAAGAUGGAAGGCCUUCUGAUAUCAAAGUAUUAUAUUUGCCGAGUUACACGACAGAUAACAGCUUUAUCUUCUUGCCAUUUGACAGCAAUUCGGUCCAAUACUUGCAGUUAGUAGACAAACAGGAGGUUAAUCUAAUAGUUGCUUUAUCCAAAGGCAUGAAGGGGGAGAGUAAGAUAUUAUCACCUGCCAAGGAUCCCCGAAACAUAGGUCCUUAUACGAUAUCGGUGAUAUCGACAAAAUACGAUAGUAUUUACACAGAAAGAUGGUACUCUUUUAAGGUCAACUCUCAGGAACGUGUCAUAAAACAGCUUGAAUAUAAUAGCUCUGCAUAUCCGAGUGAUCCACUUGAUAUGCUCCGAUUUAUACAGGCAAUCAACAUCAUUAGAGAUGAAGAUAAAACAAAGCGAACACUGAUACAAAGCUUGGACGCGAAUGAAAGAGGCGGCCUGAUAGUAGUCCUGGUGAAUAUUUUCGAGCGAAUCAAAUUUGACAAUGAAGUGUCUAUUCCACAGGUGAUACAACAACUGAGGAGUUUCCAAGGUCACAUAGUACAACAUUUUGAUCAGUUUAAGUUCUGCUAUGAAGUAGUAAAGCGUCAUAUUGAAGAUUGUGCGACGUAUGCCAAUACAUAG